UUCCUUGAUUUUAAUAUAAAUCAACGAAAGAAAGAAUUGUCAUAAAAAGGUACAAACGCUUCCUAUUUUAUGUGACAAUCACUCAACAUUUCUCUUUAGCUCCACACAACUAUGCCACUUGCUCUAGCUAGAGACCUCCCAAUCAUGGAAAAACAUAUCAACCUUGAGAUUGAUGCUCAAGACAAUCCCCUUGCCUCAUCUUCCACCACCACCUCCACCACCAAGGGGAACAUCUCUUCCUCCUCCACGCCCAUUUCAUGCAUAAAGCACCAAGGCUCAAAGAAAGAAGAGAAUUCUAUUGCUCCAAGAGUAUCAAGAAAAGCUCAAGAAUUACAGAGUAGUGGCAACGAGGGUGGUAAAAGGCGAAAGACCGCCGAGAAUGAGAAAAAUGGGAAGCAUCCGACAUAUAGAGGAGUGAGGAUGAGAAGUUGGGGCAAAUGGGUGUCCGAAAUCAGAGAGCCAAGGAAGAAGUCGAGAAUAUGGCUUGGAACAUACCCUACAGCUGAAAUGGCAGCUCGAGCACAUGAUGUAGCCGCGUUAGCCAUCAAAGGCGGCUCAGCUUAUCUCAAUUUUCCUGAAUUCGCUCAUGAACUCCCUCCCCCACUCAGCAAGUCCCCUAAGGACAUUCAAGCUGCAGCCGCCAAGGCAGCGGCUGCUUCGUUCACUGAAACAAGAUACUGUGAAGGUGAAGGUGGGGGCGAAGCCGAGCUUAACGUUUCGAAUUUAUCAGAUAGUUUGGCCAUGGACAAUACACAAGAAUCAAGCAGUUCUCCUUCUACUGAUUCUGAUGACACGUUAUUUGACCUUCCUGAUCUCUUCAUCGAUGGCGUUCAUCACAGUGAUGGAUUUUGCUAUUAUUCUUCAUCAUGGCAAUUAUGUGCAGCCGAUACUGGCUUCCGGCUUGGAGAGCCAUUUUUAUGGGAGUACUAGAAGGUAUUUUCUUGGCAACAAGUAAAUAAACCCCAAAAAUUGAACACGCUUGUCAUGACCAAACUCAUUGGAGUCUCUGAGAGCAGAAGCCCGGCCAUUUGUCAAAAUUCUCACAAAAAGAGACUCGAACCCAAAAUAUGUCCGAGGAGAUAUAUACAGGCUCGCAAUUAAUUUGCUGCCAUCCAGAUUGGGUUCACAUCCACGGAGUAGCACAGAACGAAAAGAAGUUAGGUUUUCUUUCUUUCUCUUUCUUUCUUGCUUGCUAAGUAGAUUGAUUGAUUAAAUGGCCCUUGACAGAAGGGACUUGAACAUGACCGCACUGUAAUACAUGAGAGCCCAAUAAAAAUUAUUUUUAAUCU